ACGCCAGGUGGAGGACCUUGAGAACCGCGGACGGCGCAAUAAUAUCCGCGUCAGAGGCCUGCCGGAGUCUGAAGGAGAGACCCCAAGAGAGGUGCUGGAGGGCCUGUUCACACAACUACUGGGGGAAGAAGCUCCGCCGGAUUUUGGAUUAGAGCGUGCCCACCGGGCACUUCGACCACCAAGGAGAGAUGGCCUCCCCAGGGACUUGGUAUGCUGUUUUCAAUCCUUCCAACUGAAGGAAAGUAUUAUGAGAGCGGCCAGGGCACUGCGCACCAUCAACUACAUGGACUCGCAUGUAUCCCUAUACCAUGACCUGUCUCCCCUCACCCUCGAUGCCAGGCGAGCGCUGAAGCCCCUCACAAGCCUCCUACAGCAGAAGCGGAUCCCUUACAAGUGGGGAUUCCCGUUCAGCCUGCAGGCAAGAAUUGAUAACCGCUGGCUAGCGGUCCGCUGGCCUAAUGACGUGCCUAGAUUUCUGCGAGCAGCGGGCCUCCCGGAGAUUCCCGUCCCUAACUGGAUCCUUGAUAACCCGCCGACCAGACCCACAGGCCCUACAGUUCCGGCUGAAAACCUGACGGAUGGUGCCCCGCAGGGCUCCUCGACGCACCGGAGGGGGCCCAGCACCGCGGAGGAGUAGGAAGUCAGUAUGCGCCCGAGGGCGAGCCCCUGGAGGGGUUCUUGGGUGGACCGGGAACCCCGAGACCCCCACGUCCCUCCCCGUGGGUAAGGUGCAUACCUGCCCGUAGGCAAACAUGGAUUAACCGAGGACAUGAAACUGAGCAACCGGGGUAUGUACAGUACUUUUCCCCAGGCCUGUGACUCCCCUAUGUACACUAUAAGACCCGUACCCCCGGGAACUCAGCACUUGGGUGGGGGACGGGAAAUGUGGGGGCAGCAAAAUGGAAUCAUAUAAGGGAGUUGGCCACCACCACUUCACACGGCCUCAGUAGGUGCAGAGCUGGUUCGGGAGGAGGGCCCGAUCUAUUGGACCUGCCAUAGGGAGAGGGCAGAGCCGGGGGGGUCCGGCUGGGUCCCCCACGAUUAGCAAUAGCCCUGGCUAUUAACAGCCGGUCAAGACCUGGAGUGGGGACGGGGCCUGUGGGGGGGUGGGGCGAGACUCCUAAGAGGUUAAUCAUCGGGGCCAGGGAGCCAUGACGGAGCCCGGGAUGGGGGUGUGGGGCUGGAAGCGCACCCGUCACACCCCCCCCCGGGCCCGAAGGCCAACUGUCUACGUCCUGACCCCUGCAGGGCCGAGAGUUGUAGAGAGGGGGGACGACAGGGCACCCUGGGGCGCACGGAGGAACUAAUACAUAGGCCUGAAAAGGGCACAGGAAUCAAUCAGCAUUAAUUACAUUUGGCACUACUAAAGUCUAGGAAGGGCCAGACGGCUCGUGCGUCCUCGGGAGACGGAUACCCGGCAGGGCGGGAGGGGGUAGGACGGAGACUCUGGACGAUGGGGGGGUUGAGGGGGUAGUUCGGUCCAUAUACUCUCCCUGCAGUACAAGGGGUAGAAUGCUGACGGCGGACAACUGAGACUAGAAGGAGACCGCACACACAUCUCGAAGGCUAGGCUCAGGGAGGAAAGGAAACACGGGCGCAACCCGGGAAGUCUGACUCAACAUACACGGAUAGGCCACGAGAUGGGGACAACUCGACACUUGGACUGGCGGGUUGGGAGCACCGGGAGACGGAUUCGGACCCGACACACACAUUAGGUUGUUCUGCGCCGCAGGCGACCUCGCUCACACCCCACGCAACUGACCCGUGGUGUACAAACUAGUCGGAGUUCGGUAGGACUACAGUCGAGUAGCUGCCGAACAACUCUAUCCGACUGAGGUUCAUUGUUGCUAUCAAACUUUUUUUUUUUUUUUUUUCUCUCUUCUCCUACCUCUCCAUUCCUUUCUUUCUCUACAUCUCUCCCCCACCCGCCCUUUUCCCCCGGCGCCCACGUAUAGUCAGCUACACAAUGCCUUCCCAGACAUGGCCGGGUGGGGGACGCCCACCCCGAGGGGACGGGGGGAGUCUCGCCCCCGCACAACUCAAAGUGUGGUCUAAUAACGUGAGGGUCCUAAAUACCCCGGAGAAACGGUCCCAACUAUUGCGGCAGUUAUGGGCGGAAAAGGUGUCCAUGGCGCUCUUGCAGGAGAUGCACUUUAGAGGUCAGGACUCUCCAAAGAUUGAGAAUAGACGCUUUCCACAGGGGUACUACGCCAAUCACCCAGAGUCUAAGAAAACGGGAGUGGCGAUUCUGUUCUCCCGCAUAAUCCCGUUCCACCACAUAGACACCAUGACGGACCCGGGGGGGGAGGUUCAUCUUCUUGAAGGGCACCAUCGGACAUCACACCUACACCUUUGCAAGCAUUUAUAGCCCUAACCGCGGAUAGCAUAAAUUCCUUACCAAAACGCUGGCCAAACUAGAAAAAUUCAGGGCCGGCCUGCUGAUUUUGGCAGGGGAUCUCAACGUUCCUCUGGACCCCCGGGUGGACACCACCAGAGGGACCAGCACUGUCCCAGAGCACGGCUUACGCGCAAUGCGACGAGCACUGACUGGCAUGGGGUUGGUCGACUGUUGGCGGGUGGCCCACCCGGACGAUAGAUAUUUCUCCUAUUACUCAUCAGUAUAUAGGCAAUAUAGUAGGAUAGACUACAUCUUCAUGCCCCAGGAGAGCCUAGCGCUUCUCCGAGAUGCUUCCAUAGGGAUUAUCAAUCAGUCCGACCAUGCCCCAAACACG